UUUCUCUUUUGCGUCAUGGCGGCCAACGUGUCGGACCAAGUUGAAGCGAUGAGUUUAGGCGACCAUGAAAAGGCACGAACAAACUAAACAGUGACUCUAUUCCUCUCGCACUUUGUUGGACAAUGCGAUUGCCUUUGUGUUUCCGCCUAGCGAAGCGCUAUGGUUAUCCUGCCUUGGUUCGUACGAAAAGCAGGGUGGCUACGAAAGCAGAUUCGAAGGCUCCAGUCACAGAGCUGAAGCCAUGGCCAGCGUUCAUUGAGGAACGCAUCCGUCUGUGGGAUGAACUGAAAGCACGUUAUGAACAAGAGCUAGCAGCUAAGACCAGUGUCCCCAUCACAGUAACACUGCCCGAUGGAAAGCAAGUGCCGGCGGAGUCGUGGAAGACUACUCCGUACCAGGUCGCUGCUGGCAUCAGCAAGGGACUCGCUGACAAUGUAGUCAUUGCGAAGGUAAACAAGGUUCUUUGGGAUCUAGAUCGUCCCCUUGAAGAGGACUGCACUUUGGAGCUGUUAAAGUUUGAUGACAAAGAGGGUGAACAGGUGUUCUGGCACUCCAGUGCACACAUUCUCGGUGAAGCAUUGGAAAGGCUCUACGGAGGCUGCCUCUGCUAUGGACCGCCCAUCGAGGGAGGCUUCUACUAUGACAUGCACCUGGAUGAAGGGGGCGUGUCGGCCGUCGACCACCCUUCGAUCGAGACGCUCAUGCGCAACAUUGUCAAGGAACGUCAGCCCUUCGAGCGGCUGGAGCUGGCCAAGGAGGAUCUGCUGCGCAUGUUUGAGUACAACCCAUUCAAGGUGCGCAUCCUGAAAGAGAAGGUGCAGACGCCCACCACAACUGUGUACAGGUGUGGCCCCCUGAUUGAUCUCUGCAGAGGACCUCAUGUGCGCCACACAGGCAAAGUCAAGGCACUUCAGGUCACAAAGAAUUCUUCAGCGUACUGGGAGGGCAAGGCAGAUGCGGAAUGCCUGCAGCGGGUGUAUGGCAUUUCGUUUCCCGACACCAAGCAGCUCAAGGAGUGGCAGCGUUUCCAGGAGGAGGCUGCCAAGCGGGACCAUCGCAAGAUUGGCCGGGAGCAAGAGCUCUUCUUCUUCCAUGAGCUAAGCCCUGGUAGUUGCUUCUUCUUGCCCAAUGGAGCACACAUCUACAAUACCCUCGUUGAUCUGAUCAAGUCCGAGUACCGAAAGAGAGGAUUUCAGGAAGUUGUCAGUCCAAAUAUCUAUAACAGCAAGCUCUGGCAGACGUCCGGACACUGGCAGCACUAUCAGGACAACAUGUUCUCUUUUGACGUUGAGAAGGAGAAAUUCGCCCUGAAACCAAUGAACUGCCCAGGACACUGCCUUAUGUUCGAUGUACGUCCUCGUUCGUGGCGGGAGUUGCCACUGCGAAUGGCCGACUUUGGUGUGCUGCAUCGCAACGAACUUUCAGGGGCCCUGACAGGUCUCAUAAGAGUGCGGCGUUUCCAACAAGACGAUGCGCACAUCUUCUGUGCACCCCAGCAGGUGCGUUCCAGCGGCAUCUAGCAUCACCAUGUGAUGCGGUGGUCAAAACUGCUCC